GGAGAGAAGCUGGAGCAGCAGCAGCAGCAGCAGCAAUAGCAGUAGCAGCCCCAGCAGGCGUCGGAGCAGGCGUCGGAGCAGGCGUUGGAGCAUCAGGCGGGGGGAGAGAAAAGAGAGAGGGAGAGGGAGCCCGAGGCGAAAAAGUAACUGUCAAAUGCGCGGCUCCUUUAACCGGCGCGAUCAGUCCGGCUCCGAGAGUCAUGGCGACCGCAGCGUCUAACCACUACAGCCUGCUCACCUCCAGCGCCUCCAUCGUGCACGCCGAGCCUCCGGGCGGCAUGCAGCAAGGCACUGGAGGCUACCGGGAGGCGCAGAGCCUGGUGCAGGGCGACUACGCCGCGCUGCAGAGCAACGGGCACCCGCUCAGCCACGCUCACCAGUGGAUCACCGCGCUGUCCCACGGCGGCGGCGGCGGGGGCGGCGGCGGCGGAGGCGGCGGCGGGGGCGGGGGCGGCGGCGGGGGCGGCGGGGACGGCUCCCCUUGGUCCACUAGCCCCUUGGGCCAGCCGGACAUCAAGCCCUCGGUGGUGGUGCAGCAGCCGGGGCGUGGAGACGAGCUUCACGGGCCGGGGUCCCUGCAGCAGCAGCAGCAACACCAGCAGCAGCAACAACAGCAACAGCAGCAACAGCAGCAGCAGCAGCAGCAACAGCGGCCGCCGCAUCUGGUACAUCACGCCGCCAACCACCACCCGGGGCCCGGGGCAUGGAGGAGCGCGGCGGCGGCAGCUCAUCUCCCGCCCAGCAUGGGAGCGUCCAACGGGGGCUUGCUCUACUCGCAGCCCAGCUUCACGGUGAACGGCAUGUUGGGCGCUGGGGGCCAGCCCACGGGGCUCCAUCACCAUGGCCUGCGGGACGCCCACGACGAGCAGCACCAUGGGGAACACCACCCGCACCCGCACUCCCACCCACACCAGCAGCCCCCCCCACCGCCGCCGCCCCCGCAGGGCCCGCCGGGUCAUCCGGGACCCCACCACGACCCACACUCGGACGAGGACACGCCGACCUCAGAUGACCUGGAGCAGUUCGCCAAGCAGUUCAAGCAGCGGCGGAUCAAACUGGGAUUUACCCAAGCGGACGUGGGACUGGCCCUGGGCACCUUGUACGGGAACGUGUUCUCGCAGACCACCAUCUGUAGGUUCGAGGCCCUGCAGCUGAGCUUCAAGAACAUGUGCAAGCUGAAGCCUUUGUUGAACAAGUGGUUGGAGGAGGCGGACUCGUCCUCGGGCAGUCCCACCAGCAUAGACAAGAUCGCAGCCCAGGGGCGCAAGCGGAAAAAGAGGACCUCCAUCGAGGUGAGCGUCAAGGGGGCUCUGGAAAGCCAUUUCCUCAAAUGUCCCAAGCCCUCGGCCCAGGAGAUCACCUCCCUGGCGGACAGCUUACAGCUGGAGAAGGAGGUGGUGAGAGUUUGGUUUUGUAACAGGAGACAGAAAGAGAAAAGAAUGACUCCUCCGGGAGGGACUCUGCCGGGAGCCGAGGAUGUAUACGGGGGGAGUAGGGACACACCACCACACCAUGGGGUGCAGACUCCAGUCCAGUGAACUCUUUUGGGGGGGAGGGGGAAGUACGAAGGGAUGGCUCCCCCCCUUCGCUCCCUCUUCCCCUCCAUCCUUACCUAUUCCCCGCCCCAUUGUUCCCUCUUUAACUUCUGAUUGUUCUUUUUUUUUUUUAAUCCCCUCCCUCAAGGGGAAAAAUGGCAACGAAAUCACUGGACUAUCCUUUAAACGGUAGCAGGUGUAACGAUGUGUUUUGACCUUUACAGGCGAGUACCCAGGCAAUGGAGUGGAGUGAGUAUCUCACACACACAGAGGGAAGAGAGAGAGGGAGAGAAAAGGGGAGGGGGGAGAGGGAGAGAUGACAGGCACUGAGAUAAAUACCUGGCAAAACUAAAUUAAUUACCAAAAAAUAUCUGCCAAACCAUGAUAAACACAAUUGCAGUUUCCAUCCUGGAAUGAAGCUCUUAGCUAGCACAUGCUGCCGGUGUUUAUUUAAUGUGGAUUCCCAACGGGAGAGAGGAAAACAAUACACAAAUUCUUUGAUGUCAACAGUAUUUAAUCGUAGAAAUUUGCACUGCAAGAAAAUUGAAGUUUACACGAACCAAUUCAUGAAAAUCCCCCCCAGCCCAUCCCCCCAGCCCACAGGUUCACUUUGAAAUUGCCUUGUAUUUUUUAUUCAACAACGAGAGUUAGCUAGUUUUUGGCAGCUCUUCUGAGUAUGUUGACCCUUGUUCUCCUUGCUUGUAUGUGAACUUUGGUUACCUUCAAUUCCCCUUACAUCGGUGUAACGUUUAUUUUUUCCUUUUACCAAAGCAAAAUGAUUGGCUUCAUACAAAAUAAACAGUUUCCGCUUUCAAGAAA